CAUCGCACCUGGCAUCGACGGAGGCUAGGUCUAUGUGAUGUGUUGCAUGCAGCAUGCAAUCAUUGCAAUGUGUGCAGUAACGGAUAGGGAUAAACAACUUCGCACAAUCUGAGACUAUUGCUAUUGUUAGCACUACUAUUGCCAGCCAAUCUCAAGCAAUCUCAACCUCGUCGCAAAAUUUCGCACAACCUCGCACAAUCUCAGCUAUUCUCAGAACAGUGGACUUCUACUGGGGUUCAGCGCUCAGUUGCGAACUUCAAGCUUUUCAUUACCUCAAGUGCACUACCUGACCUUCCCAUUCACAUCUCCUCGCUUCUCCCCUCUGCAAAACAUCCACCCGCUGCUCGUCUUUUCAUUCCCGCCCAGUACUUAUGAACCAUGACGAACAUAUUUUGGCGCUGGAAGUCAUCAAUGGCACGAACCUCAUCAUACCAUCUCACCGCGUCCCCGCUGGCCUUUAUGUGCUAGUCUCCACCUCCUCUGGCCAGUGGCACACCGCCAUUAAGGCCCUGAAGGCAGACUGCAGCGUUGCUUGGAAUGAGAUCUUGGUCAUAUGUGCACGCCCACCGAAGUCUUCUUGGUGGCCCAUGUCCUUCUUCUCCGGCACCUCAACAGCAGUCCAUUUCGAAAUUCGUGCCUCGUUUGAAUUUGGGCGAACACUCGGUCGAGGCCAGCUUGUUGGUACGGUUGAGACGACUUUAGAAAAGUUGCUCGAGCACGACGAACAGUUCGAGGCGUUGUUCCAUGCUAUCGAUAAUCAGCAAUCAUCACUUUUGUUGAGAACGCGACGUACGGAGACGCCACAGCUCAAUGGCCACACUACGGACAGUUCUCUGAAGAGUGAGGUCGGUUGUGUCACUGAUGCAGCACACGAGGCGUACGCUCUCUACUCGAAGAGCAACUGUCGGAACGACCUCGAUCGCGCUAUUCGAGGCUUCCGGACAGUGCUUGAACAAUGUCCCGAUGUCCAUCCGGACCGUGCCGCAGCGCUCUCCAACUUGGCUCAUGCCAUCAAGAACAUUGGAACUGAUAUUGACCAUGCCAUUUCCCUCUUCCGCUCUGCGCUCGCAAUCCGUCCCAGAGGGCACCCCGAUCAUCCGCUAUCCAUCAUCAACCUUUGUGAGGCUCUUCGCCAACGUCACCUAAGGCGACAUGAUUCUGCCGAUGUUCGCGAGGUCGCGGAGCUUUACAGCUCUCUACUACCACUUUGUGUCGAGGGCAGCUAUCUUCAUCGAGUAGUACUCGACGCCAACGGCGUACAAUACGUCAUCGACGAGUGCAAUGCACUUCCGUGCAGCCCCAUGGAGGAGAGCAUAUUGCUUCGGCGUAUUAUUCUCGAGCUUUCCGCAGACCUUUGUGAACGCUUUCGUCAAAAUGGAGAUAUUGAUGAUAUUGAUAGGGCUGUUCAACUGUCACGCGACGCACUGGCUAUUUGUCCUGUCAAAGCUGGAUGUGGCUCCUUUCUCGGUGUAUUAUGCUACGCCCUCAAGCUCCGCUUUGAUCACCACGGCGAUCCUAGCGACCUUGAUGAGAGCAUACCACUAUAUCGCGCAGCACUCGAUCUGUGUCCUCCAUUUGAUCCAGCUCGUUGGACAUCUCUCAACAACCUUGCAGAGGCACUGAAUGCCCGCUAUAACAAAUGCAGCCACGUCUGGGACUUUGAAGAAGCCAUCCGCCUCCACCAAGAGGCACUCGCCCUGCGUCCCAGAGGGCGUCCCAGGCGCGACCACACUUUAAAUAACAUCGCAGCUGCUCAUUAUACACACUUUCGAAAAUCAGAAGACAUCAGCGCUCUUGAUGACGCCAUCAGCUUCUAUCGAGAGGCGCUCGAGUUGCGACCUCCGGGUAACCAAUGGCAUUGUCAAGCCUUGUUGAAUCUGGCAUCUGCGUUGCAGGAACGCUUUACGCAAACCCGGUACGGCGAGCACAUCGAAGAGGCGAUCAGACGUUGUCAAGAAGCCCUGGAGUCAUUGCCCUUCAAUCACCCGGAGUGCUAUUUCUGCUAUGUGUCGCUUCAAGAAGCUUACACGGCUCGCUUUAAUGUCCAAUGUCACCCUGAUGACCUUGCAAGCGCAUUCAAAAACUGUAGACUGGCCGUGAAUCUUAGAACGCAAGAUUUUCCUCGGCGCAUAGAGCAAGUAUUUCAAUGGAUUGAAGAUGCUGAGAAGUACAAUCAUGAGUCGGCAUUGGAGGCUUAUCAAACAUCGCUGCGCCUACUUGAUGUUUACCUCUCAACACGAUCUUCGGUAACAUCACGUCGCGAGGCUGCCUCGCAGUUGCGGCUGGGCCCAGCUCUUUCGGGAAAUGCAGCUUCUUCUGCUAUCCGUCGUGGAGAAUUGGUAACAGCUGUUGAGCUCCUGGAACGUGGGAGAGCGCUGCUAUGGUUCCAAGUCUCUCGCCUUCGCACACCGCCAGAUCAGUUGCGCAUAGCCCGUCCACUCCUUGCAGAUCGGUUCGUAGUUCUGAGUGAACAGCUCUCCGCGGCCAUUCAUACGCGUGGUUCUGUUUUCGAUGCUGCCGAUAGUGCAGCGGCGAACCGUGCGAUGCAGCAGUAUGAGAGGCUCUUGACGCAAUGGGAAGUUGUGGUAGCGCAGAUUCGGGGGAUCGGCGGCUUCUCGCGGUUCCUCAUUCCACCAUCCUACGAUGAUGCACGGCUAGCAGCACAGCAUGGUCCAAUCAUCCUCCUGAUCGCUAGUGAACAUUCGUGCCAUUCACUAAUAAUCACGCAUGACGCAGAGCAGCCAUGCCAUGUUCCCUUGUCUAUCACUCUCGCAGAUGUCAAGUCUCUCAGCGAAGACUUCUCGCACGCGAUACGAAAUGCGGCUAAUAUGGACCCAACAGAGUCAAGGAUAGCGCUGAUAGCAGUGUUGCGCGAGGUAUGGGAUGAAGGUCAUGCUACCCAUCGUCAACGUGCUCCGUCAUGA